AUGCCUCCUGCCACCAUGAAUAUCGGAAAGAGCGCUGGCCGCUCUCCUGCUUCCUCCUCCCGCAACAUUGCCUUUAUGACUAUUGCCGGUGUGAUUGGCGGCGCCUACGCACUUUUUCGAUUACAAUCUCCAAGCAAGGGAGUCGUGAAGGAGGAUGAUAUCGCAGACGCCACUGAAACUCCUAAAUACGGACGUUCGAAGAUUCUUGGAGAGGGUGAUACGGCUGCUGCGAUGGGAAAUCCGCCUCAAGGACAUGGGCAUGUUGGACGGUCACCGAGAAAGGGUUUGGAGUAG